AUGGUGGCCAUCGGCAUUCUCCUGCUGGUUUGUAUCCUUGGGGUCGACGCUGCUACUUUGUCCACUGUCACUUUGGACUAUGGGACGUUCAAAGGCGUAACGAACACGACGACGGGCCUUAUAUCAUUCUUGGGCGUGCGCUAUGCAGACCCGCCGACUGGGGCACUGCGUUGGCGAGCACCUGUCUCGCCGCCUUCAAAACAUUUGGGGAAGGUCGACGCGACUGCACUUGGCUCCGCAUGUAUCGGGACCACUCAGACGAACUCUGGCGCGACAACGGACGAAGACUGCUUGUUCAGCAAUGUCUAUGUACCUAUCAACGCCACCCUUGGCAGCAACCUCCCUGUCCUUGUCUUUUUCCAUGGCGGCGGAUUCGAAAACGGUCGGACUCGCGAUGCUCCCGCGCAGUUCUUCAUGCCCCACAUCAAACAGCCCAUGCUCUUUGUCACUUUCGAAUAUCGCCUUGGCCAGUUCGGCUUCCUUGCCGGGACUCCAGUUCACCAAAGCGGACAGCUGAAUGUCGGGCUCUUGGACCAGAGAGCGGCUUUAGAAUGGGUUCAGAUCUACAUUGCUCAAUUCGGCGGAGACCCGACAAAAGUUACGAUCUGGGGUCAAAGCGCUGGAGCCGCAUCUGUCGUGUACCACCUGAUAGCGGAGGGAGGGGAGGACAAGGGACUUUUUCGUCAAGCUAUUGCCGACAGCCCACCUAUGCUGUCGCUCUUCCGCUAUAAUGAUCCGCACAUCGAGAACCUUUUUAUGCAAUAUGCGGGCUUUGCAGGCUGUUCGGGGAGCGGUAACGGACCAGCCAUCAUGGCCUGUCUUCGUGCAGCAUCGACAAAAACGAUCGCGACUGCGGGAAGCAAACUUUUGGCCAACUUGACGUCGGCUUUAUUUCCCAUCGGCCCAAUCUUCGACGGUUCUUUCCUGCGCGAAAGACCUGUGGAAGCAUUUCAAAACGGCCACUUCGUCCGCGUCCCCGGAAUCUUUGGCUCCAACACCAAUGAGGGUGAUCAUUGGUCCGCCGAACUGGACAAUCCCCUCGCAAACACUUCGAUGCCUAAUGCGACACAAACGACGGUCUACAACUUCCUUGCCGGGCAAUACCUCGACUUGUCCCGCUCGUCUUUCGACACAGCGGUCGCACAAUUCUAUCCCUUGACCGACUACAAUGGCUCGUUCAGCCUCCAAGGACAGCAGAUGUAUGGCGAGAUGCGCUACAUAUGCAGUGCCCUCUCUGUUGGCGGGGCCUUGAACGUGUCCGGUGUGCCCUCCUGGCAGUUCCACUGGGACAACCCCACCCUCGGCUCUUCCCACGGCGACGAGCUCGACGCCUUCUUCGAAGACGACUCGGGCAACGAUAACGCCAACGAAGCGGUAGUCGUAGCGAUGCGCGAGUUCUGGAACUCGUUCGCCGUGUCAGGCUCCCCGCUUUCGCCGUCUGCCUCUGUUUUGUGGACGGCAAGCUACCCACAGGAAAACGGUGUCGAUGGAGGCCCGCGAAUACUGUUCCAUCCCUCGCAGGUCGCUAUGGAGCCGGUCGACCCAAAGUUGGCUGCGCGAUGUGCGUUUUGGCACUCGCUGAGCACAGAACUUGCAAUCUGA